AUGGAACGUAUUGACUUAGUUAUAGCUAGAUCUUUUAGGGGUAAUUCUUAUUUUAUGUAUGCUUUCUCUCCUUCUCAUGGAGCUUCCGGGGGUAUCCUAGCUAUUUGGGAUGUGGAUUUGAUUUCUCAUAAUCAUGUUUCUAUUCAUGAUGGCUUUGUUGUUAUUGAAGCGGUUUGGGUCCGUUCGGAUCUCCAAGUGAAUUUUAUUGUUGUUUAUGCUCCUCAAGAGUUAAGUAAAAAAAGAAUUCUUUGGAGUGAUAUUUAUAAUUUUAUAUCUAACUCUUCGGGGGAAUGCAUUAUUAUGGGUGAUUUCAAUGAAGUUAGGGAUGAUUCCGAGAGAAUGGGGUCGAAAUUCUAUUCGUCUUCUGCUCGAGUUUUUAAUGAAUUUAUUAACUCUAUUGAUCUGGUGGAUGUUCCUUUGGGUGGUCCUAGAUUCAUUUGGAGCGAUAAAUGGGGUUCCAAAUUUAGCAAGCUCGAUAGAUUUUUGGUUACGAAGGGUUUUUUGGAUUCUUUUCCUCACCUUUCAACUUUGCUUUUGGAUAAGAAUAUUCCGGAUCAUCGCCCUAUUCUCUUAUUAGAGCACCGGGUGGAUUAUGGUCCGACACCUUUUCGAAUAUUUCAUUCUUGGUUUGAUAUGGAGGGGUUUGAUGAUAUAGUUCGGGAGGCUUGGGCUACCUCGGUGGUGGAGGUGGAGUUGACUAACCCUUGGGUUAUUUUUAAGAAAAAACUUCAGUUUCUUAAAUCUAAACUCAGGGAGUGGAACUCUAAACAUCGGGACAUGGCGGCUAGUAAAAGGAAGAACUUGCAAGAUUUAGUUGAGUCUAUCGAUAUUAGGCUCAUGGAGGAUGAAGGUUCGGCUAACCUGAGAGAACAAAGAGUUUCUUUAUUAAAGGAGAUUUCUGAUAUUGACCAUUUAGCUCAAGUUGAUCUUGCUCAAAAAGCUAAAAUCCAGUGGGGCAUCGAAGGGGAUGAGAAUUCUAAAUUUUUCCAUGGUAUGCUUAACCGUAAAAGGAGACAAAUAGCUAUUCGUGGCUUGAUGAUUGAUGACAUGUGGGUGGAUAAUUCGGUCAUGGGAUGUAAUGCCUCGUUUUUCACCAUUAUACCUAAAGUCAAAGAUCCGAAGACUCCAAAUGAUUUUAGACACAUUAGCCUCAUUGGAUGCCAGUAUAAAAUUAUUGGAAAACUUUUGGCUAAUCGUCUUGUGGAGGUUAUUCAUACUGUUGUUAGCCUUGAGCAAUCUGCUUUUGUUAAAGGUAGACAGAUUUCGGAUGGUCCUUUUCUUCUUAACGAAUUGGUUGCUUGGAGCAAGUCUUCCAAAAAUCCUAUCAUGUUUCUUAAGGUUGACUUUGACAAGGCUUAUGACUCCUUAUCUUGGGAUUAUUUAUUGAAAAUCAUGUCUAUUAUGGGAUUUGGGUCUAAGUGGUGUCGGUGGAUUAAGGAGCUUUUGUCGACAGCUAGGGCUUCUGUGUUGAUUAAUGGUUCCCCAACUGAUGAAUUUCAAAUUCACCGUGGAUUGAGACAGGGUGAUAUGCUUUCACCUUUUCUUUUUAUUCUGGCUAUGGAGGGUCUCCAUUUUGCUUUGACGAGGGCCCAAGCUGCGAAUGCUUUCAGAGGGGUUUCUAUUUCUGGUACUGAGAUUUCUCAUCUCAUGUAUGCGGAUGAUGUGAUGUUGAUCACUCAUUGGGAUCCUGAGAAUGCUAAUUGUCUUCUUCGUAUCCUUAGAUGUUUUUUCUUGGCUUCAGGGCCUAAAAUUAAUUUAAUUAAAAGUAAAUUGAUUGGUGUGGGAAUUUCUUAUUCCCAAGUCCUUGUGGUGGCUAAUAGGAUUGGUUGUGCUGCUUCUACGAUUCCUUUUUUUCAUCUUGGUAUCCCGGUGGGUCAGAAUAUGUUGCGAAAGUCCUAUUGGGAUUCUUUGAUUGAUAGAUUUCGUUCUAAGCUUUCUACUUGGAAGGCUAAGAGUCUUUCGUUUGGAGGUCGUCUUACGUUGGAGCUUGAAGGAAUGAGGGCGAGAUUUUUUUGGGGCGCGGACAUGGAUGAAAGGCGUAUGCAUUGGGUUAGAUGGGAUAGAGUGUUAACCUCCAGGGAUGAAGGUGGAUUGGGGAUUGGUAGCCUUUUCUCUUUCAAUAGGGCUAUGGUUUUUCGGUGGUGGUGGAGGAAUGUGAGAUACCCCAAUUGUGGUCAAAGUCCUUGGGGCGGGGUUAUUCGUAUGCUCUCCCAAUUCCGCCAGAAGGACAUUGAUCUGCAAUCCCUUUGUCCUAUACGAGUUGGUGAUGAUAGGUUGUCCAUGGGAUUGGGGGUUAAUACUCUUAGACGGGAACCUAGAGGUGGAGUGGAACAGGAGCAAUGGAAUAACUUUAUUGGUUUUUUGCAGGAAUUCCAUCUCAGACCGGUCCCAGAUAGACUGGGUUGGCUUAAUGAUGUGUCAGAUACUUUUUCCAUUUCCUCGGCUCGAAAAUUAUUGGAUGGUAUUACGCUUAGCAACGGAGGUAUUUCUACUCAUUGGAAUAAUUGGGUUCCAAUAAAGAUUAAUAUUCUUAUCUGGAGGAUUAGAUUAUCUAGUAUCCCUACUAGUGAGCGUCUUUCUUAUAGGGGUAUUAUGGCGGAUUCCAUUCUUUGUCCUGUUUGCUCGACUACAGUGGAGACUGUGGAACAUAUUUUUGCUAAUUCCUCAGAGUUGAUUGUUCUUUGGACUCGUAUUGCGAUCUGGUGGGGUGUUAGAUGUCCUUCUCAGUUGACUGUGGAUUCUCUUUUCAAUUGGGCAGAUUCUACUUCAUGGAAAAUUGGUCAGCGUAAAGCUUUCAAUGCUGUCAUUUUGACUACUUUUUGGUGCAUUUGGAAUUUCAGGAACGGUGUGAUUUUCAGAGCGAAUACGCCUAAGAAAUCUUUGAUUCUCGAUGAUGUUGUUCAUAAAUCUUAUGUUUGGAUUUCUAGUAGGUGUAGUAAAGCCAAGAUUAGUUGGUCUUCUUGGCUUCAUAAUCCUAUUAAUGCUACUAAGAUGAUGUAA